AUGCACUUGUCGUCCUGGAUUGAACGACUGGAUAUUCCUACAGUGGCAGCUCAGAGAUCCUUUCUCUGGAUUUGGUGUGGAAAUGCUGAAGGCCUGGAGAGAGGAAGAACAUGUUUGAAACGCUGGGGCUUCCGAAGGUGUGAAGACAUUUGCUGGGUGAAGACGAAUAUCAAGAACCCAGGCCACAACAAAAAUCUGCAGCCCAAUGCUACUUUCCAACGGACCAAGGAACAUUGCUUAAUGGGCAUCAAAGGGACUGUGAAACGAAGCACUGAUGGUGACUUUAUCCACGCCAAUGUUGACAUUGAUUUAAUCAUCGAAGAGGAACCGGAAUAUUCCUGUAAGGAUAAACCUGUAGAGAUCUUUCACAUUAUCGAACAUUUUUGCCUGGGUAAACGGCGCUUGCACAUUUUUGGACGUGACAGCACCAUCCGCCCCGGGUGGGUGACUGUUGGACCUGAACUCACAAGCAGCAAUUUUAAUGCCGAAAUGUACAAACAGGUUGUCAACAAAGAUGCUCAUGGUCAUUUGACUGGCUGCACAGACGAGAUUGAACGUCUUCGGCCCAAAUCUCCACCUCCCAAAAAUAAACCCGGGAACAAUAACUCUGACCGGGGUAACAAAGAAGGUACAGGUCGUGGUGGCGUAUCAGGUCGAGGUGGCAACACCAAUCGUGGUUCGUCCCAGCAAAGAGGGAACAGCAACAAAGGCAUGUCGGUCGGAGGGCGGGGUCACAUGGGUGGGGUGGGUGGUGCUAUUUUUAUCCGGAUGCGGAUUUGGAGGUCAUUAUGUUUCUUUUUCAAAGAAUCGUGGGCACAGGGGCCAAAUGCAAAGAUGAUGACAGUGACGGCAUUUGAAGUGUUGCCAUCUCUCUCUCUCGAUUUUAAUGUACUGAGGAUUUAA